AAACAUGGCGGCGCACAUUACUAGAGCUGUGAAACAACUUGUCCCACAAAAGGGCGGUUGGCUCCGGGCUGCAGUCUGGCAGUUGUAUGCUGAAGCAUGGCGUCAUCACUAUCACUCUGCAGGUUCCUCUCUGCACUACAUACCCCGCAGGGCAGUUCUCUACUGCCCUGGCAAUGAUGAGCGAAAAUUGAAGAAACUAGCCUCGCUGGAUGUCGACUGUGCUGUGCUGGACUGUGAAGAUGGAGUAGCCCUCAGCAAAAAGACAGAAGCCAGAGAAACUAUUCCGAGAAUGUUAGCGGAAUUGGACCUGGGCCGUACAGAAAAGUGUGUGAGAGUGAACUCGGUGUCUAGUGGCUUGGCUGAGGCGGACCUGGAGGUAAUUUUGAAGGCCAAGGUUCUCCCUCGUGCCAUCAUGUUGCCCAAAGUGGAGGACACACAGGAAGUGCAAUGGUUUGUUGACAGGUUUCAGCACCACUUGAAAGGAUGGGCACUGACAGAACCCAUUCGCCUCAUCACCUUUGUGGAAACCGCUGUGGGCCUGCUCAAUUUUAAGGCGGUGUGUGAGGAAAUUCGCUCGCUUGGUCCUAAAGUUGGUCUGCACCAUGAUGGCGUGGUGUUUGGCUCUGAUGACUUCUGUGCAAGCAUAGGUGCCACACGGACCAAGGAUGCCAGGGAGCUCCUUUAUGCAAGGCAGAGGGUGGUUGUGACUGCCAAAGCCUUUGGGCUACAGGCUAUUGACCUGGUCUACAUCGACUACAAAGACGUGGAGGGGCUGAGGCAGCAGGCCAGAGAAGGCGCUCUCAUGGGCUUCACAGGUAAGCAGGUUAUCCACCCAGGGCAGGUCCAAGCUGUGCAAGAAGAGUUCUCCCCCAGCAAGGAGAGGGUCCAGUGGGCCAAAGAGCUCAUUGCUGCUUUUGACCAACAUCAGAAGGAGGGAAAGGGUGCGUUCACCUUCCGCGGCAGCAUGAUAGACAUGCCCUCGCUGAAGCAGGCUCAGAAUAUAAUAACACUCUCUGCCGCGGUGCCAAGGAAAUAACACAACUGGUGAGAAGAAAUGGCAGGAACCACACGACUAAUCUGGGACGUGGAGGUCAAAGGAAACUGGAAAGGCUGCUGGUCUCGUGGCUAAAGUGACAUUUCAAAAACUUUUCAGCCAUCGUCUCAUUGCUUCACAAAAAUGAAGUGUGGAAACUGUGGAUUUCAUUUGGGAUUUUUGUUUUUAUUAAGGUUGAUUUAUGUAGCUUUUUUUUCCCUUUAUAAAAAAAACUGUUGUUAAUUUUGCUGCUGAGGUCCAAUUCACAUUGUUUUCAGCAAUACCAACUCUGCAACUAUCAUGUGUCGACAGUAUUUGCCUCUCAAAACUCACAAGGACUAUUGCCCUUGCAGCUUUCUUGGCAUGCUCUGCAGUGUGUGUGUGUGUGUGUGUGUGUGUGUGUGUGUGUGUGUGUUUCUGUGUGUCUGUGUGUGUGUUUCUGCGUGUCUGUGUGUGUGAGCAUGCCUCCUCUUUCUCCUAGGUCACGAUAAAUGCUCUCCCAUCUCCACGGUCCAGGCAGCUGGGCAAAAGGGUAAACAAACACAACAAGCCACUGUUGUGGAUCUAUUCAUUGGGCCCCAGACUUCAAGUCAGGCCUCAGCCCCCUGCGCAGGGUCUGACUCACAAACAUCAAAGUCCUGCUUGCUUUUAAAAAAAGAAAAGAAAAGAAAAACCCAGAUGGAAGCGAAUAAACUCAAAAUUUAGCUUUUUUUGGUAUCAUUCUCCUUAGUGAUGGCAUGCAGCUCUCUCUGUGACAGCUGUGAGCCUGUGGUUGAUUGUGUGUUGAUGGAGAAGGCGUGUGGCGUCAGGCUCACCAUUAACUUCGACGAAAAAAGUACACAAGCUGGUAGCAGUAUUCUUUAUAUGAAUCAUUUAUCUUGAGAUUAAGGUGACCCGAUAUUAAAAUGGCAUCUAAGGAACUUUAAUCUUAUAAACAGCGAAACAUAAAGAUGAACUCGUUAGCGAGCGAGGCAGAGAAGUUUGUCUCAUCACAAACAGAAGCAUAAAGGGGCUUUGUGAAGUGCUUGUCCGUGUCUGACUUGCACAGACAGUGAAGUGGGUGUGAUGUUAGAAUGAGACAGAUUAGUGGCCAUGUUGCUCCAGCAGACCAGGACUGGGGCUUUGUCUCUCUCUGACUGUGGAUAGGAGGAUAAUUGGGGGGGUGUUGAAUGGUUAAUAGUGCCAUUGGUGACCAUGGUAAUGAAAGGCGCCAUACCUCCCCUACCCCACCUCAUCCACUUUCUGUCUCUCCAUCUCUCUUUCUCUAUCUCUAUCUCUUACUGUAUGAUCUAUUGUGUCUGGGGCAGGGUUGGUGUCUGUGCCAGGCCAGGCCCAGACAAAAAGAUCGAAGCCACUCCUGGGUCCAGCCAAAGACCCUAACAGUAAGCUGUCUCUUUGGCAUUUGGCCACAUAAUUUUUUCCCCCACCCCUUCAGCUUGUGUGCGUGUGUGCGCGCGCGUGUGUGUGUGUGUGUGUGUGUGUGUGUGUGUGUGUGUGUGUUUGUUUGUUGUCAACCAAAUUAUACCGUGAGAUUGGUGGAAAACACUGCUGCUGUUUGACUUCCACUAAAUAAACCUCCUCCCCAAAAUAUUACUUAGGUAGAGUUAUUUUGCGAGGCUUUGUAGGUCAUUCAGAACAGAUCUCGGGCAUCUUUAUGCUCAUCCUUGUGACAAAAACUGUAGUAAUUAAAAGAGACACGUUCUUUUACCUCUGGGUUGCAUUAUGAGCUUUGAUUAUGGUGUAACUCUGUUUCAAAAUCACUCAGUGGAGACUUUCAUCAAACUUUGAAGUACUUUAUUUUAACUUUAGGUGUUUUGUUAUUGAUGCAUUUUUGAUCUGAGUGAGAAUUUUUUAAAAAGUUGCAGAAAUAAAGAUAAAACAAAUGAAUAGAAUGAUUGACUGUCUAGACAGCGUCAGUCCGCACUUUAUAUAAUGCCGAGUCUUAAAUAUUCCCUCCAUCUGUAUACUUUAUAUUAUGUAUUCAGCAAACACACCUUGCUUUUAAUGUGAAAGUAUGCAGAUGA